AUGAGUAUCUUCACAGACCCGGCAUCUAUGGCGGAGGGGUCAGGUGACUUUCAUUUCGACUUGCAAGAUCCAACGCAGCUUACUUAUGGCGAUAUCAUCUCUGAGCCUCAUACUUUCUGGGCCCCAGCCGCUGAAGGUCCCGACCUCGGCAGUGUCGCGUCGCAACAAGAAGCACAGCCUCAGACUCUCGCAGAGCCAGUGGAAGUGGAAUCAAGUCUAUCAUCCUUCGCAGUCACCCCCAGCUCCUCUUUAGACGCAGGAAACACUGUCUUUCCCGAUUCCCAACCCGGCUCCUUACUCAAUCCUUCGCAGACGAGUCGUGACAACGAGGAGCGAGCAUGCGCAGCCAUCCAGCAGGCGUUGGCUGAUGAGGAUUGGGUGACCAUGACGAAUAUGUGUCGCUCGCGACUCAUCGCCGAAGGAGGACUAUCGCCUUAUCACAACGCGCAAUACAAGAUCUUCCUCGCGCAUGUCCCAGGCGAAGAUACCCCGGCUUUGCUAAACAGUGCGCGCGCGUCCAUCCACAGGAUGAAAACAGAUGAGACCUCGUCUUUUCCCGACACGACCAACGCCCAAAAUAUCAUGCACCUCGAGACGUUGAUGAAGACGUUGAUGGAGACGUUGUCGAUGCGCGAGCCCGUGGGCGGGGUUUUCCCUUCGCUUGAUCAUUCCAGCGCAGCGAGUUCGGCGCUGGUCAUGUCAAACGCUGAAACCAAUGAUGAACAGACAUAUGACUUCUGUAUCGAUACCUCCCUCAUGUCGAAUGUUGCAGUCAACAGUGGAAACCAAUUUACAUUCGACAUGGACGCUUCGCUGACGUCAAAUGGUGUUUCCGCGUCUCCAUUCGACGAAAGUUCGUCGACCAACGUACAAGGCACUGGCUGCAACUUCAACGGGAGUUGCUUCGACAUGGUCGCUUCGCUGAUGUCAAACGGUGUUUCCGUGUCUCCAUUCGAAGAAAGUCCAUCAGUCAACGUACAAGGCAUGGGCUGCAAUUUCGACGGGAGUGGCUUCAACCCGAACUUCACAUGGUCGAACCGCUGGCCAGCUGACGGCACAAGUUCUAAUGCAGAGACUCAAACAUUGCUUCACACACAACCGCAACUCGCAAUUGCGCAGUUUCCGUCAAUCCCCUUCACAGCAAAUGCCUUUGCCACUGGGCAAUCUGAAGUUGCUUCGCUGGACGCCACCGUUGAACAGUCAAAUGGUGCUUCGCUAGCCUCCUUAAUGAGCUUUCCCGUUAUCGAACAAGGCGAUGAAAAACUUGGUCAAAUAUACAAGUCAACUGCAGACGCCAUGAGUCUGGAUAUGAAUUUGGCAGAUAAUCCCGAGGAUUCCGAAGUUGCAGGCUCAAUGAAACGAGAGAAUCUCUUUUCACCGCGGUCAUCAAUCGCGAGUCGAGCCGAGAACGACGUCAAAGCGGCGGGAGAGAGCUCAUAUGAAAAUCAGGCCCUAAGGUCACUGUUUGGACUACAAUCGAAGUCAAGUAGCGUAUCAGACUCUCUGACAGGAGCAGCGCAGCCAUUGGGCGAAAUUGAAGCGCAAGGAUACCGUAAGAUGCAAGCAGAAGCCGCCAGAUCGCGCAUCGCUCUUGUCCGGCAGGGACGAAUCAGCGUAGAUUCCGAUCUGCAGGGUCUAGCGCAAGACAACCAAGCCAUCCGCGCCCGACUCAACCGCAUCAGCAAAGUCGACCUGUCGCUCGGAGCAGGAGGUUCCCGCGUAGGAAAACGCACCAAUUCCUCAGGCACGAGGCCAGUCGACCGUGUCGUCGUUGACAUCACGCGUGCACGCGAGGCUCAAAGUCAAGCCAUGGAAGCCACGCACACCCGACGCACAUACCGCAAGAGCCUCGAUGAAAUUAGCUUCGCUCUCGAGUGCCAAAUGAACCUGGAAUCGCCACGGGGCAGCAUCGCGUCUGCUUCCCGCCGUCAGAGCGGCGCCGCGCGCAACAGCGUCUCGGGCCGGUCGAGGAUCCACUCCCGUGCGGACAGUUUGGGAUCUGCCACUCAUUCGAGCGGCGCUGGCCGUUCGUAUGGACGCAAGAAAUCCGGCCAGGAAGGUGGUGCAGGUCGUGAGACUCCCCGUCCACCUAUCCCCCGCGAUGCACAUGGCAGAUUCAAGGCUGUCGUUUUACCGAGUGCGAAGCCGUCUGACGCAGCAGCCGCGCAGGAAUAA